AUCCCCUCGUGUCCCCCCCCAUCCCGGGGUCCCGCCGCGCCCCGCGGUGCCGGGUAUUCUCGGGCGGUAACGGAUCAACAUCGGCCGCGCUGUUAUUGCUGGAGAAUACGCGGAGCCGAGGGGACGCCCCCGCCUCGGGACCCCCGGGAACCCUCGGAACCCCGUGAGAAACCUGGGAACCUUCAGGACCCCCUGAGAAACCCUGGGAACCUUCGAGACCCCCGGAAAAACUUGGGAACCCCCCUGGGACCCCUGGGAACAAACGCAGAGCCGAGGGGAUGCCCCCACCUCAGGACCCUCAGGGGAGACGUGUGUACCCUUGUGUGACCUUCGUGUGACACAUGUGUACCCUCAUGUGACACAUGUGACCUUCAUGGGACACGUGUGCAUCCUCAUGUGACAUGCGUGUCGCCUCGUGUGACCCUCAUGUACCCACAUGUGACCUCCCAAUGUGCAGGGUCACAGCAGAGCCCAGAUCACAUCACCACACGUGUGUUUGUGCAUGUGUGUGUGUGCAUGUUCAGGACGUGUGUGUGCGUGUGUGUGCGCCAACAGGGCUCUGUGAGUCAGUGUGAGUAUGCACACGUGUGUGUGUGCAUGUAUGUCUGUGCAUGUGCAAAGCACACGUGUGUGUGUGCACACAUGUAUGUGUGUGAUGCAUGUGUGUGCAGGGUCAGAGCACACGUGUAUGACUGAAUAUACACUUGUGUGAGUGUGGGUGUGCACGUGUGUGUGUGUGCAGAUGUCUGUGCAUGUUCAGAGCACACGUGUGUGCGUGUGCCCAGGGUGAGUGUGCACACGUGUGUGUGCACACGUGUGUGUGUGUGUGCGUGUGUGUGUGUGUGUGUAUCUGUGCAUGUUCAGAGUACACGUGUGUGUGUGGCCAGGGUGAAUGUGCACGUGAGCACACGUGUGUGAGUGUGUGCACGUGUGUGUGUGUAUCUGUGCAUGUUCAGAGUACACGUGCGUGAGUGUGCCCAGGGUGAGUGAGCACAGGUAAGUGAGCACAGGGGUGUGUGUACGAUGACGGGUUUGCACAAGGGUGUGUUCCCACGGGCGUGGAUGUGUCCGUGUGCACACGAGGGUGGACUUGCACGAGGAUGGGCGUGUCCGGGUGUGUCCGUGGGCGUGUCAGUAGGCGUGUCCGAUGAGCGAUGGACAGUUCCACCUGGCCGCGCCCCGCCGCGCGAAAAGGGGCGGAGCCACAGCUGUCACUAGGAGACGAGGCAGUGCCGGAUUGGCGGCGCGAGCGGCCAAUGGGAACAGCGCUAGGGGGGGCGGCGGGAGGGGCUCUGAGGGGAGAUCUGUCGUGAUUGGCUGAGAGGCGGUGGGCGGGAACAACGCCGAGGGGAGCUCCGCCCUGAUUGGCUGAGGUGCGCGCACCCGUCGUGGGUGGGAACAUGGCUGAGCGGAUCUGUAAUCGGAUUGGCCGAUCCGCCGUGGCGGGAACAGCGCCUAGGGGAAGCCCCUCUCCGAUUGGCCGAGCGCGGCCGAGAAGCGCAGCUGAUUGGCUGAUUGCUCUUUGCCGCCGUACCCGCGCGCGAUGGCGGCGGCGCUGGAGCGGGCGCUGGGCUCGGCGGGGCCCGGGACGGGCCCGGUGCCCGAGGUGCCGGAGGUGUCGGAGCCGGUGCUGGUGCUGGGCCCGGCGGGCUCGGGCCGCACGGCGCUGCUGCUGCAGGCGGCGCUGGCGGGCGGCGCCCAUGGGCCCCGCGCGCUGUUCCUGGCGCCCAGUGCGGUCCCGCGGCUCCCGAACGGCGGCGGCGGAACAGGCACGGACCCCAGAGCGCUGCAGGUGAGAGGGGGCGGGAGGUGGCGUUGUUUGCGGGGAGGCGGGGGUGGAUGGAGGGGCGGGGCGGGGAAUGCUGAGUGGGCGGGGCCACGCGUGUGGGCGGGGCUUUGUGUGCCCCCAUUCAUUUUUGGGGUGCGCGUGGGGGCCUGUCCUGACCCCUGUUCCCCCUCUGUCCCCACCCUCUGCCCCCCCCCCGCCGGGGCCACCCUGCCCCCCCCCCCCCCCGCCCCCCACGUGCUGCCCACCCUGCGAAGGUUCUUCCCUGCCCGCUGCCUCCUGAGCCCCCGACCCGGGGGGCUCGUGGGGGUCCGGCUGAGCCGUACCGGGAGGUCCCCCCAGCGCUGGAGGCUUUGCUUGGACUCCCACGGGGAGGGGGGCAAGGAGGAGCAGGAUGAAGAGGAGGAGGAGGGGGAGGAGGGCAUUGACACGGAGGAGGAGUGGGGAUGACACCCCCCCCAGCACGGGGGACAUGGACUGAUGUGACACGCCCCCCCGGUGGGUGACAAGGACUUGAUGUCACCCCCAAAAUGGGUGACAUAGACCUGAUGUCACCCCUCCCACAGGUGACACAAACCCAACGUCACCCUGUCCCUGAGUGCUUUGGGGUGGCCCUGCCACCGUCCCCUGUGACGUGGGGGCACAGGCGGUGACAGGGCUCCAGGUGUCCACUGGGCCCCCUCGGUGCCAUCUGGGGGCUCCUGAUAAGGGUUAUCAACCCCCCCCACCCGGCCCUGAGCACCCGCCACCCCCCAGGGCCCCACGUGUCCCCAAGUGCUGCUCCAAGCGCUCCCAGUUCCUCCCAGUGUCUCCCCAUUGCCCCCAGUGCUCUCCCUAUUACCCUCUGGUGUCCCCCAGUGCCCUCCCAGUGUCCCCAUUGCCCCCCCAAUGUGCCCCAGUACUCUCCCAGUUACCUCCUGGUAUCUCCCACUGUCCCAGU